GUAUGUAUAACUGGCUACUCCUUGCCUCGGUCCAGUAUCCAUCAAUAAAACCCCAAUUAAGCCUCAUUAAGUAGACGUGAAAUCUCGGGGGUAUUGAAUAAUUAGGUAUGCUUCCUGUACCAUGCAAAUGCUAAGUCCCUAGUAGAACCGUUAUUCCUAUACCGCCGCAGUGAGCGUGAGAAUGAGUAAACCUGUCCGCGCGCUGUUUCAUUGACGACCUUCUGGUAUCAUUCCAUGUUGCUAAACACGUAGUUAUUAAGGCAAUAUGAUGCUGCGGCCGAGAAAUCUAAUUGGCCUGAAGGAUGGAUGCGAAUCGAAUAUUUAUAAGGGCUUUUUUCCUUUUUGAAUAUUACGUUAAAUAUUAAGUAUAUCUCUGAGUGUAUCAGAGGAAGAAUAAUAAUAUAAGAGCGAGGAUGGAAUUAGACAUAGCUCCGCCGUUUAAAACGGCGGGCGCCCCAGCUGUGGAAACUGGAUUCGGCGCUGUUGUACUACCCGGUACUGUAGCAGGCGAUGUUACCGUGGGCGUUGCCGUAGACGCGAUGCUGCUACUCGCUGAUGAAGUAGGAGCAGGUGCUGGGGUCGAGUUAGAUUCUCCAUUGCUGCUGCCGGUGUUUGUUGUACUCGACGUCUCAGUAGAGGUGCUAGCUCUCGAAGACGAGGAGGUACCAAUUUCUGAAGAGCUGAGAGAAGAGAAAGUGCUCUCCGAAAAGCCAGAAGAUAUGCUUCCCGAAGAACCAGAAGAAGAUAUACCUUCCGUUGGACUAGAAGUAGAAGAAGCUGUGCUCUUGGAAGAGCUGAUAGGAACAGUUGUUUCUGAAGAGCUAGAAAAAGAAGAAGAGCUCCCAAAGGAGCUAGAAGUAGAAGAAGAAGAAGACGUGCCUUCUAAAGAGCUAGAUGAAGACGUACUCUCGGGUAUAGAAGAUGAGCGUUCAGAUGUAGAAGACGAGCUUUCUGGCGUAGAAGACGAUGUGGCCGAGAAAGUUGGUGUAUUUGAAACUACACCAGUCGAGGUAUUCGGCGCAGCUCCACUACCUGUAGACCCCCCAGGAGUGCUUGUGACCUCUCCCUCAGGGGCACUUUGGCUCGAAGAGACGGGAAUAGCGUCGAGUGUAUCACAGAAAUUGAGCCAUUGACUCAUUCGAUCGUCUGGGUAGUUCUUGGUACCGGCUUGCCACGUUCCCCCGUUAUUUACAAUGCAGGUCUGGCAGACUCGGCGGUACUGCAUGAAUACGGAGCCAGUGUUGCAAAGUUGGGGUAUCUUUCCAACACUCUGGGCCUCCAAAACAGCGUUAUUGCAAGUGGAAUAACAAGCUGAUGGUAACGAUUGGUCGCGUUUAUUAAAAGGUAGGAAUUUCCUCACUAUCGCCGUUGGAUAGCCCGGCUCUAGUGUGCUCGAGGGCGGAUAUGCCGUAAUAGUCGCUUGUGAUUCAUAGUUGCCUGUAGAGGUCCAGGUAGUGAUAGUCUUACCCGAGAUGGUUUCGGUGAGCGGCUCGGGCUUGGGAGGGACAAAUAUAUCAUAGCUUAACCCGAAGGCUGGCGGUGCAAGGUUAAAGUAGCCUUCCGUAGGAGGGAAGUACCCUGUUUCGUUGUCGCACCACCGGGCAGUAGCAUAAACUGGUGCUGGUAUACAAUAGACCUGACUCUCACAGACGUAUUUUUGAUCCGGAAGAUCAGGCCAGAUACUGCACCCGAGUGGCUUUGGAGGAGAACAGAGAGUUCCAGGCGGGCAUCCCCAAGUCAAGUCGGAUGAGGCGUUAUAAGCAGGUACGUUGAAGGCCGGAGAAUUCGUCGCCGCGGGACAGACGGACGAAGUGACGGUGGUCGGUGGUGCUGUAGUGGUAAUAUACUCCGGUACUAUAGUGGUA